AUGCCUUCGACCACGGAGGCAUCAACUAACAAUUCUAAUAAGGAGGUUGCACCCAAGGCACCUUCCGUCUUAGCGACCCACGCGUCAGGAUCAUUCGGCGGUCAACAAGUUAUACUCUACUGCAGUCUCACUACUUCCAAUCAGGUCGCUCAGAUUAAAUUACAAUCGCGAUUCUCAAUUCGUACCGGGAUCAUUGAUUGCAUCGUCGCUGAUCAAGUCACUGAUAAAAUCCCGGCGUUCUCUCUGAGACGGGACAAGUUCGAAUUUCCGCGCAACAUUCAUCUCGCUGAUCCGCGAUUCCACAUAUCGUCGGAGGUUGAUCUUUUACUAGGCGCGGAACUAUUUUGGGACUUAAUGUGCGUUGGUCAAAUUCAAUCGUCGGACAAGCAUCCAAUGCUACAGAAGACACAACUGGGCUGGAUUUUAGCCGGUCGUUUAGGCAAUACCGCGCCCGCUCCCGCAAAGAUUCAUUCACUUCACGCUUCUAUAACCAAUUCGGAAUUACAUGAACAAGUUUAUGGUCAAGAGAGGCUUCCGGUCAGGGAGCAGGUGCUAAGCAAUCUCGGCGAUUCACGCGAGAUAGCCAUCAAACGAUUGAAGGGCAUCGAGAAACGUUUCAAGCGCGAGCCCACUCUCAAGGUUCAAUAUGCGGCGUUUCUCGAGGAGUAUCUUUCGCUGGGGCACAUGCGGCGGUUAGAGCUGCCCAUAACCGACGAACCGAUAUCAUUUUACCUUCCGCACCAUUGCGUAUUCAAGACUGUUGGACAAUCCUCGAAAAUACGAAUAGUAUUUGAUGCCUCUUGCCGUAACAGCUCCGGCGUAUCUCUGAAUGAUGCGCUACUUGUGGGCCCGGUCGUUCAACAGGACUUGAUCUCAAUUUUGAUGCGCUUCCGUUUUUUCAUUUACUGGAAUAGGCCUAUUGGGGAAACCACUUUAAAAAAACGCGUCAACAAUAGUACCUCAGAGGUGAUGUGGAAAACUGUUGUUUAA